GGGGGGGAUGGGAGUUGGAUAAAGGACAGCUUGGCGUCAGGGUUGGGGAGGCAGUGGGGAAUGCUGGGGUCUGUGGUGGAGUGGAGAUGCCAAGCUACUUGGCUCCAGCCACCCGCUAUCCUGUGCAGGGGUGCAGAGAUGAUGGUCCAUGUGGCCAGACCACCUUGGGGAGCAGGACCGCUGUUCUCAGAAGGACACAACCAGGUUUGUGAGUGGAGACGUCGCUCUGGCAUGGAAAACGGACUGAAGCAGCCAGAAGCUUGGAGGCCUUGGCCCUGGAGACUGGAGACCACGUGGAGGCACUGGGACAAGCCGGUGGUGGUGGGAGGUGGCAGAAAGCAGAGCUACAGUUCCAUCCGCCCCGGGAUUUGGGGGGCCCAGGGCUUUGUACAUGGCUCCAGGCCUGUCCCCAGCCCCGGUGGGGCCUAGAAGGGGUGGCGCUCACCCUGGCCCUGCCCAGCUAUCUUUGCCACAUUCCCAGCCUCCCGGUCCUGUCUUUCCAGGUGUGCUGGACACUAUGGGUCCCUCCUUCCAGGCCCUCCUUCACAAACAGGCCCCCGUGAGCCCCUUUGAGGGCCCUGGUGCCAGGAUGGGUCUCUAGCAGUGGGCCCAGCAGGUCGCAGUUCACAAAACCCUUGUCCACCAUCUCACCUCACCUGGCUGCCACUGGGAGGGAGGCGGGACAGGCCCCGUGGUUCCCAUCUGCCCCCAAGCCUUCCCUGCAGAGGAAGUGCCUGGGGCCCCACACCAGAUUCCCACCUGCCACCCACGACCCAUGAGUGACCCCGAUGUCCCCUCCCUAGCCCUCCCCAGGUACAGAGGGCCCAGUGGGGAACUGAAUCCUGUGUGGACACUGCGUGGGAGGAAGGGGAAGGGGCUGGGUGGGUCCUCAGACCCCCAGGGUAGAGCACGUCCAGCUCAGGCCCUGCAGGCGGGAUGCUGGGAGGAUGCACCUCCUUGGCGGGGUGCUCUCUACCUUUGAUCUUGCAGUGACCAUGGGACCACGCCAACAGACCUGGCCUCAUCCACAUGACUUCCUCAGAACCAUCAGAGCUGGGGCCCGAGUGGUCAGCCCCUCUCCUUCCCUUGUGCCGCCCCCCAUGUGUGUUUGCUGCUCCCACUUCCCAUCUGGGCCACCAGUGGCCACAUGGGCACUAGGACUGAAUUGCGCAGUACUGACAAUCAUAGAGAUAAGGACUGUGGCCACGCCCAGUGGUCUGGACAAUUCCACUCGCAUCUCAUGAGUUCUUUGUACGUCUUGUGAGAGGCUCAGAGCGGCAGACAGCUCGCCCAAGCUCACCCAGCCACGAGGCGGCCCAGACAGACAGCCCAGGACAGACGUCAGCCCAGGCCUGACCAGCCCCCAAGCCCAUGCUCCUGCACACUCCGUCCCACCUCUCCUGUUACCCGGUCUGGGCAGGGAAGGCUGGGGCCCAUGGAGCUGGUCCCCCUCUCCUCCGAGGGCCCCAGCAGCCAUGGGCUUAAUCCCAGUCUUGUUCAACCCAUAGGCAUGAGCGAAGGAGCGUGAGCACCACCCACAUCCCUAAAGCCGGCUUGUGCCUGGCACAUUACAGGUCUCCUCAAACCCCAACAUGGCCCUACAUGGCAGCCCUAUUGCUGUAUCUGCUUCACAGAAGAAGAAACUGAGGAUCAGAGGCCCCCAGCUACUGAGGGGAGGGUCUGAGUUGGGUGUGGAGGCCUCUGGGGCUGCUGGACCCCAACCUCACAGCCCCCAGAAGCGUCCCUGGGUGGGCUCAGCAGCCCCCUCUGUAGGCGGUCAUGGGGUGGGGUGAGACAGGAACACAGCCCAGUUCCCCACACUCGCCUUUCACAACCCAACCGAUGGUGGUAUGGAGCAGGAAGGCGGAGAAAGGCCACAGGAAGCGCUGCGGGGGGGACGGAGGGGACGGGGAGGGGCGGCAGGCCUCAGCACAGAGCCUGGGACCAGAGGGACGCUCAGACGCAGGGCUCUGCCAGGUGGGCAAGACUGCCCAAGGAUGAUGACACCCAGGGUCCUGGGGGUCCUGCCUCUCUCGCUCCUCCUGCUCUGGGCCUCAGGUAUGGAAAAUUCUAGCAACAAAUAUGAGCAACCGAGAAAGGUCUGCCUGGGGCUCAUCAAUGCGGACCAGUAUGAUUCUUUCCACCUGGAGAACACUGCUGACUGCUUCACAAAGUGCACGCAGUCAGGGAAUGAACCCUGUGACCUGGAAAACUUGCAGAGGUACUGGCUGAAAUUCGAGUACCAUCUGCUGGAGAGUCAGUCGGGCAUAGUGAAUAUGUCUUUUUUGAAGGCUGCUGUCCAGAAUGUCAGAACCAACAUCUCAGAAGACCUCUUCUUCUCUCUGACGCCCUCCCAGGUUCCAGGGCAGGUGACAGAGGAUGAGCGUGAACACCCCGACAGAGUCCGGCUGCCCAGGAGCCUCUUUGUAUCCCUGCAGAGCAACAGGUCGGAGGUCUCGCUGGCCAUCACUGUCCUGGACAUCAGUCCGGGGAAUCUCUUCAAGGGCACCCAGCUCAGCCUGGAGGAUGGCAGCCACAUAUUGAACAAUCGCCUGGUGGGCUUGAGUUUGGGCAGAAUACCUGUCAGCAGGCUGGUUGAGCCUUUGGAGAUCACCUUCUCCCACCAGCGCCUACCCCCGAACAUGACCCUCAGCUGUGUGUUCUGGGAUGUGACUAAAGGGUCAGCAGGAGACUGGUCUUCCACGGGCUGCUCCACGGAGCCCAGAGCCAAGAGGACUGUCUGUCGCUGUGACCAUCUGACCUUCUUCGCUUUGCUGCUGAAGCCGAUCUUGGACCGGGCCACCGUGCAGUCCCUCGUUCGCAUUUCCCAGGCUGGCUGUGGAGCCUCUAUGAUCUUCCUGGCCUUUACCAUUGUCCUCUACGUUGUCCUAAGGUUCUACCGGCAGAGGUUCAAGUUGGAAGAUGCCCCCAAGAUCCACGUGGCCCUGAGCAUGACCUUGUUUCUCCUGAAUCUCGCCUUCUUCUUCAAUGUGGGGUACAGCCACAAGCAGUCAGACACCACCUGCCGGUCCUGGGGGGCUGUCUUCCACUACUUCCUACUCUGCACCUUCACCUGGAUGGGCCUGGAAGCCUUCCACCUCUACCUGCUCAUCAUCAAGGUCUUCAACACCUACUUCGGGCACUACUUCCUGAAGCUGAGCCUCGUGGGCUGGGGCCUACCCGUCCUCAUCGUCUUUGGCGCCGGGAGCGUGGACAGCUACGGCCGGUAUACCAUCCGCGACAAGAGGAACGCCACUGUGCUGGAGCUGUGCUGGUUCCAGGAGAAGGCAACUGACUCUGCCCGCUACAUCACCGUCCACGGCUACUUCCUUGUCACCUUCCUCUUCGGCGCCGUGGUCCUGGGCCUGGUGGCCUGGAAGAUCUUCACUCUGCCGAGUGCCACAGCACACAAGGGGCAGGGACCGACCUGGAAGGGGGUCUUCACUGUGCUGGGCCUCUCGAGCCUGGUGGGUGUGACCUGGUGGCUGGCCAUCCUCACGCCCCUGGGCCAGUCCACCAUCUAUGUCUUCGCGCUCUUCAACUCCCUGCAAGGUGUCUUCAUCUUCUGCUGGUUCACCACGCUCUACUUCCCCAGCCGGAGCGCCGGAGCCUCCUCUUCUGGCACGGGCCAAGUCAACCAGGUCCACACCACGUCUCACGAAUAGGAGGCCUCUGUGGGGUCAGGCUGGGAGCCGGCCGCACAUUCCGGACUCAGCUCUGACUCCCCGUGUGACCUCAGGCUGCUCCCCGUCUCCCUCUGGGCUUCAGUUUCUGUGUUUGUACAAUGUGGCUGGGGAGGAAGGAGAUGGGGACCAGGCUGGACCGCCGGGCCUCGAAGGUUCCAUCCAGAUACUUUGAUGGGUGCUAAAGUCUACAAAUCCAGGAGAGCAAGAGUCUAAGGUUCUGAAACCCCUAAGAGCCCUGCCAGUGCAGAGCGGUGCCCCCGCCCCACCCCUACCCUCACCAGAAGACCCCUGCCAGAACCGCCCCCCUUCCCCACCCCCACCUCCUGCCUUCAUAGCAAAGCAGCUCAUGUCUGCCAUUGGCCACCUUCUGGUCUCAGUACCCGUGGAGUCUGUUGCUAGCGCUGCCCCUUGAAAGAGCCCAGCCUCUCCCCUUCCUCCCUCUGGCCCCUGCCCUCCCACACCCCCACCCUCUGGCUGCCUGCCCUCAUCCCCUCAGGCACUGGGGCAGCUGUGGACUAGAGCUUUGGGCCUGUCUUCAUGCGUGAGCCCCCACCGUUCAGGGGGCUGCCAACACUCCGGCUGUCCCAGGACACGGAAUUUCAGAGAAUGCCACUUCUUCAGUAGUGGGGACUAGCAGCCCCCUCCCCACUCUGACGGCCGCAUGUGUGGCCCGACCUCUCAUCUGCCGUCGCCGUCGCCGUGGGCUGGAGGGCAAAUGUUCCAGAGCUCUGCACACGCAAGGGCCGAGGGGCAGGGCAGGGGCUCAGCGGACAGGGCUGAGCAGAGAGAGGACGGGCUUCCCCCCGGGCCCCCCCCCCCGCUCCCCCGGGAUCUGAGCUCCAAUCAAGGAGGCACGACGGCCUCACUCACCAGUUCAUCCCAGCCCGAGCCUGGCACGGUUCAGGCCCCGAGUAAACACCUGUUGGCUAAAUAGCUGGAGGAGUGAGUUUAGCAUCGCCAGGCAGGGUUCUGAGCCAGGGGAGUGUCUCAGGCCAGACCCAGCGGCUAUGUGUCACCUCUUGCGGCUGGGCCUCCGUUUGGCAACAUCGUGCUGGUUUCCUCAGUAGGAAACAGAAGAGGCAGAGAUAACGGGGCUGAGGCAAAACGGGGCUGGGCGGGGGUGCGGAAUGAAUAGAUAAAACAACACAAAGAAAGAAAAGAAGAGUGGAGGGGAAGGAAAGACAGCAGCCCGCUGGCUGGCCCUGCCCCACACGAUCAUGCCCCACCUCUAGCCUUAAGUUCCUCACCACUGGGGCCAUCUCACCUUCCCUACUCACCCCUGUCCUUGCCAGUGUGCUUUGCCGAAGUCAAGCACCUGCUAGAGGGGAGAAGCCACUAUUAUGAGACCGUCCCCCACAGCCCCUGGGCUUCCAGCCCUCCUCCUGCUCCCCGAUGCCCGUGCCGAGUGAAUGCCCUCUCUUCUCCCUCCUCCCACCCAGCAAACGGAUGCAAGACAGGAAGGCAGAGGCCCCUGCUUUAUGCAAGUCGAAGAGAAAUUCUAGGGUGUGGACAAUUGCAAAAGUGGAGCCACAUUAUAUCAGGUUUUGUGGACAAGCUUGGUGGGUUUGGGGACUUACUUUUACAGACAUCUAUUUCUCACGCUGGAGGGCUGGGCUCCCUUACCCCAAAGUCUCAGAGUUUUUGAACACAAACCUGUGUGGUCCACAGCUGCUUCUGUGUCUGAGAGGCCUGGGUUCAAGUCCUGACUCUGCUACUUAGGGGCUGUGAGAUGCUGGGCAUGUCUCCUCACCUCUCUGAGUCUCAGUGGCUCCGUCCAUAAAAUGGGGAUCAUCAAGUUCUUGCCUCGACCUGAGAGCAUUAAGUGAGGUGACACAAGUGAAGAGCCUGGUAUUAGAGACCCCCAUGGCUUAAAGAAAGAGUAGGUGGCACCUUUGUGUGAACCAUGAACCUUUGAGACCUGUAACAUGGGAAGGGUAUGAAGGGUUAAAGCUCCCUUCCAGAUUCCUUCUACAGCCCUGCCAAGUGGGCCGGCCCUGUGUGGGAGGAGGAAAUGGAGGCCCAGAGAGGUCCAGCAACUUGCCCAAGGCGACUCUGCACGCGAGGCUGCUGCAGAGCUGGGCUUCCCUGGGCUGCCCAUGCUUCCUCCCAGAGCAUUUCCUGGGUUCUAGAAUUAUUGCCUCAGCCCCGCUCCCUGAGUCUCCAGGGAAACGCUGCGUUCCGGCUUUCCCAGUUGGAUGCAGAGGCACAAAACCACAACGGCUGAAUGGCCUGGGUUUCCUGGUGCUGAUGGAGAGGGAAGAUGAGGAGAUGUGGUUAAUGGUGGGGAUGUGUCCAUUUCCACUGGCUGUCUAGUCCAGGACCAGGCAGGGGCAGAGGGGCUGGGGUCCCUCAUUACCUGGGGUCACCCUAUAAGUGGCUCCGAGUGCCAAGCUGAGCACGUGCUAAGGCCAGGUGGAGCUCUGGCAAAAAAGCACCCCAAGGCCCAGUGCGGAUGGAUGGAGUUCCACUAGCACCACAUGACCAUAGCAGCAAUCUAAGAGGUGGGCAGCACCAGCCUAAAGGCACGAACUCUGAGGUUGGCCCAUCUGGACCACGUUCUUCCUCUGCAACUUGCAUUGGGCCAAUUCCUCACCUACUGAGCCCAGAAAGCAGACAUAGCAGUAACCGCCCCACAGAAUGCAUGAAGGCUUCCGGGAGAUCCUGGCCAGGAGCGCUGCCUGGUGUCUGGACCCCCGGCCCAGCGUGCAACUGACUGAGUCACAGCUUUGCUCCAGACUACCGUGGUCAUCUGCAAGGAGGACCCCCCGCCAUGCCUCCCCACCUGGCUCUUCCUGCUCCGCCCCACCUUCUUCAUUCCUUGUAUUUUUCAUUACGUUAUAACAAAUGUAUAGGAAAUAAGAGGACUUACUGGCUCUGUGCUCCCGGAUGGAUAACUUAAUAUCAAAAGACAACAAUUCUUCACAAAUUAACCUAUGACUACAAUGCAGUUCCAAUAAAGAUUUCAAAUGAUUUUUUUUUUUUUUAGAUUUCCCCAAAAUGCGCUUUAACUUUCGAACGGAGGCAUAUCGGCCUCAAACAGCUAAGUCAACCUUAAUGAAAGGAGUAGAAAGAAGACUUGACCUGCAGAUAUAAAGAUAUUAUGAGGCUAUAGUGGUAAAUCUGACAUGGGGUCUGAGCAGGGAUAGGCAAGAAGACCAGUGGAACAGAACAAAGGGCUCAGAGGCAGAGUUAUGCACACCGGGGGUCUUACGGCACCAACGAUAUUGGCAUCAGCAAUAAGGGACAGAUAGUCUGAUGAUGAUGGUGGAAAACUGGCUCAUUAUAUGAAGAAAAAAUAAAACAGGAUCCCUACCUAACUCCUCAUCCAGAGAUGGGUUCCAGGCAGAGUAAAGGUUCUCGAUGGAAUGGCAAAACGAUAAAGUUAAUGUAGUAAAAUAUUUUUGUGACCUAAGGACAAGGAAAGACUUCUCAAACAAAAAAUCACAAGCACAAAACAUCAGGCCAAAAGCUGGUACAUUUAACUACAUCAAAAUUAAAGUUUUCUGUUCCAUGGAAGACACCAUAGGCAAUGUUAGCAGGCAUGGGACAGAAUGGGGGAAGGUAUUUGCAACAUCUGAAGCCAGGGAUUAACAUCUGGAAGGCCUGCAAAUCAAAACAGGGGUACUUCCCUAAUAGAGAAAAAUGGGCUGAGGUUUUAAAUGGCAAUUUCAGAGAAUGAACUAUCUAAACGUAACAAGCUAGCCCAUGAAGACACAUUUAAAAUCAUCAGCAAUCACAGAGUUGCACUUUAAGAUGGCAGGGGGACCUCACUGUAUCUUCAUUGUAUGAAACUGACAAAGGGCAGGAUAGGAAGUUGGAUAAUGUCAACUGCUGGG